AUGCUAGCAACCUGAACACGACAUUGUCAACAUGCUGCUGCUAAAGCCUCCCCUCACCGAGGUCCGGGCCUUAACUGUCCGAGCUUAUCUUACCGGAACAUUACCGAGACGAGACGACAUACUAACGCAGAAGGACGUGCAGCUUGAACUUGAUCACAUUAGCUGCGUUUUGGAACUGCUAGCUGACUUCAGCCACGGGAAUAAAAGUGUCAGAAGAAGCGGGCGCUGGUGAGCCAACUAUCCCGAUGUCUGGCCCACUUGUUGGGGUGGAUUUAAAUAAUCUCAGGGUUGUUUUCGUCUGAUUAAAUCCUCUGGAUUCACCCCGAAGAAGAGAUGAGGCUGCGGCCACGAAACACACUCCGACAGGGGAUGACCGUGAUGUUCUCCCCAGGUGACCAGCUUUCAGCCAGCGCGUCCGCUGUCCUGUCUUCUGCACUGACAGCUGCUGUGUCGGCUGCCAUGGCGAUCGCCACGGCGGUGGAUGCCAAGGCUGAUCUCGCUAAACUGCUAGACGAGUGGGAAGAAGCGCAGCAGGGCACCACAGAUCAACUGGUGUCCAUCUUGACCAAAAUAUCUGAGCUGAUUGAACGGGAGACAGGAGAAUAUCAUAAAGCAGACCCAGAUCCGUUUGAUGAUCGUCAUCCAGGACGAGCGGAUCCAGACUGUAUGCUUGGACAACUGCUGAAGAUGCUCUUUAUGAAUGAUGACUUCACUAAUGCGCUUUUGGACUCGUAUAUAAUGAACAGUCGAGAGCUGAGACUCAACACAGCGGCAUGUCGCCUCCUUCAGAACAUCAUGCCGGGUCUUGAUGCCGCUGUUGUCUUUGAGGAGAAGGAAGGUCUAGUAGAGAAGUUGUUCAGCUGGGCCCGUGAAGCCGAGCGGCCGCUGUGCGUCUAUGCCACAGGUCUGCUGGCCAGAGCCAUGAGCAACCAGGAAGUGGCCGUAAGCUACAGAGAGCACAACACUCAGCUGGUAUCUGUCGUAAUUAAGCGUCUGUGUGAACUACAAGUCUCAGAGACAUCAGGUCACUUUAGUUCCUCCCAGAUGAAUCAGAAUCUACCUCAAGACUCUCAGGGUGAAUCAGCUCAGACCUCAAGUCCAACCACAAACAAGACAGAGGGGAAACGCGUGGAUGAGGAGGAAACAAGGAUGGAGAAAGAAGAGAGCAGCAGCUCAACCGCUACUGCCAAACCCCCAUCUCUGAGAAAUGGUGGCUGCAGCCACACCUCCACCCGCCUGCUUCCAGACUUGGUUUACCAAGCAAGUCCCGAUACAGCCUCAAGGGAAAUGGAGAACGCUGAUGGAGGAGAAGAAGGAGGGGGAGUAAAGAAACGGAACGGGAGAAAGGCUAAACAGAAGCUUGAUUUGACCUCCUCCUCCAAGAGGAGCGAGCAGGAAGAGGAGGAGGCGGGGAUGGUUGGCACCAGCGAACAGCAGACCAACAGCUCCUCCUGGUCCGAGAUGAGUCUGAUGUUAAUCGGUUCUGACUACUGCCUUUCACCGCUGAGCCCGGCCAUGGAGCAGAGGCUCAUCUUGCAGUAUCUGGCUCCCCUUGGAGAUUACCAGGAGUUGCUUGCUGUGUUCAUGAAACUGGACGUCCGAUCGCUGCUGAUGAACUACAUCGACCUCAGGAAGACUAAAAACGUCCAGCUCACCUUUGAUGCCCUUCUGUUUCUCGCUGCGCUCCUCCUUCAUAAAAAGUUUGCUGCUGAUUUCAUUGCUCAUGGAGGUGUGCAGAAACUUCUGGAGAUCCCGAGGCCUUCCAUGGCAGCAACAGGAGUUUCUCUCUGCCUCUACUACCUGGCCUACAAUCAGGAUGCAAUGGAGAGGGUGUGCGUGCUACCCGAUGGCGUGCUGUCAGAUAUGGUGUCCUACGCCCUGUGGUUGUUGGAGUCGUCCCACUCUUCAGGCAUCUGCCACGCCACCAUGUUUUUCUCCAUUUCUUUUUCGUUCAGGGUGGUGCUGCAGCUUUUCGACCAGCAGGAUGGUCUGCGAAGACUUGUGAAUCUGAUCAGUACUCUGGAGAUCCUCAACCCAGAAAACGAGGUGUCCAUGAUGAACGACGACCAGGUGUUCUCCGGCCGACAGACGGCCAAGCACACCUGCAUGGCGCUGCGCAGGUACUUUGAGGCUCACCUGGCAGUAAAAACUGAACAGGUGAAACAGUCCCUGCAUAGUUCAGACUCUGGCACCGUUGUUGCCCUGCAGCCUUUUUACAAGGCCUACACCUACACCAGAGAGCAGAUAAUAGAGAUGAUGGAGUUUCUUAUGGAGUGUGGACUUCCUCAGCUCUACUGGGAACCAGUGGAAGUUUUCUACAAGCUGUCAUGUGUUCCUUUAAUCCUUCAGCUCAUCUCCACAGCCUGCGACUGGAAGACCUACUAUGGCAGGAGCGACACGGUUCGCUAUGCUCUGGACAUUGUGGCGAUUCUUGCUGUGGUUCCUAAGAUCCAGUUGGUGCUGGCUGAUACCGUUGAUGUGUUAGAUGAAAACAGGUCACUUGUUUCCACUGUAGGUAUGAGCAUCAUUCUGGGAGUUGCUGAGGGCGAAGUGUUUGUCAACGAUGCUGAGAUUCAGAAGUCUGCUCUUCAAGUGAUAAUAAACUGUGUGUGCGCUCCAGACCAGAGCAUGAACGCUGUGGGGGCUUUUGCUGUUGCCCCCCUCAGGCAGCCUCUGCACCACCAGCAGCCCCCCACCACCCACAACCGUGUGCUGGCCCACAUGUGGCAUGUAGUGCAGAACAAUAAUGGUAUAAAGGUGCUUCUGUCUCUGCUGUCGGUGAAGAUGCCCAUCACAGAUGCGGACCUGAUCCGGGCGCUGGCCUGCAGAGCUCUGGUCGGACUCUCUCGCAGCUCUGCCAUCAGACAGAUCAUCAGCAAGUUACCGCUUUUUACCAGCGGUCACAUCCAGCAGCUGAUGAAGGAGCCUGUGCUGCAGGACAAACGAAGUGAACAUGUCCGUUUUUGUCGCUAUGCCGCUGAGCUGACGGAAAGAGUGUCCGGCAAGCCACUCCUCAUGGGCACCGAUGUCUCGCUCGCCCGUCUUCAGAAGGCCAGCGUGGUUGCCCAGUCCCGCAUCACCUUCUCUGAGAAAGAGCUCCUCAUGUUGAUCAGGAACCACCUGGUGGCCAAAGGAUUGCAUGACACGGCGAAUACCCUUGUUAAAGAGGCAAAUUUACCCGUAGCAUCCCACUGUCCCAACUCGGCCUCCUCCUGUGUCACCCCUCCCCCCUCUUCCUCAUUACCUAGGACUUGUCGGUUAGCCGGCGGGAUCACGGCGCGCAUUGCCGGCCAUGUUGGAACCUCCCCUGUGUCCUCAGGUGCUUUAGCCGCUUCUCGAUCGCUGGUCAUUCCUCAGUCAGCAGGCUCUCUGGCGUCUACCUCAGCCAACUCCACUCCUCCUUCCGGACUGGGAUCACAUUUCGCAGGCCGGAUUCUGUUCUCACGGGAACGCCUGGUGGCAAACAGCAACUCGGGGAAGAAACCUUGUGCGCUAAAACAAAAAUCUGACCACGGUGCUUUCAUACAGACUCCAGCUAUGAAAAAACAGCUGGAGCGCCACCUUCCCUCUCCACCGACCCUAGACGGCAUCAUCACAGAGUACCUGAGGGAGCAACAUGCCCGCUGCCCCAAUCCUGUCACUACCUGCCCCCCCUUCUCUCUUUUCACCCCCCACCGCUGCCCAGAGCCUAAACAGAGGCGACAGGCUUCGCCCAAUUUCACCGCCCGCCUUGGAAGCCGGGUUUUGCACCCUAAAUAUGGAGGUGUGGACCGGGCGUGUCUGGAUCGACAUCUGAUAUUCAGCAGGUUUCGUCCCAUGUCGGUGUUCCAUGAGUCAGGUGGAGGCGAGAGCAGUUUUACCUGUUGUGCCUUUUCAGCUUGUGAGCGUUUCCUGAUGCUGGCCACCUGCUCGGGUCACGUCAAGCUCCACAACGUCUUCUCUGGGGACGAGGAGGCCAGCUACACCUGCCACACGUCCGCCAUCACACACCUGGAGCCCUCCAGGGAUGGUAAGUUGUUUCUUACCUCUGCUUCCUGGAGCGUCCCCCUGUCAGCUCUCUGGAGUAUGGAUGGUGUCUUUAGCUUAAAGAACUCCUUUGUAGACGAUCAUUAUGUUGAGUUUAGUAAACUCACUCAGGACAGAGUCAUCGGCACCAAGGACCAAAUCGCACACAUCUACGACAUCCAGACAGGUCAGAAGACGCUGACCCUGAACGACCCUGCUCUGGCCAACAAUUACAAGAGGAACUGUGCCACCUUUAACCCCAGCGACGACCUGGUGCUGAAUGACGGGGUUCUGUGGGACGUGCGGGUGGCACGGGCCAUCCAUAAGUUUGACAAGUUCAACAUGAACAUCAGUGGUGUUUUCCAUCCUAAUGGCCUGGAGGUCAUCAUUAACACAGAGAUCUGGGAUCUGAGAACUUUCCAUCUCCUGCACACCGUUCCUGCUCUGGAUCAGUGCCAGGUGGUCUUCAACAGAAACGGCACCAUCAUGUAUGGAGCCAUGCUGCAAGCUGACGAUGAGGAUGAUGUGAUGGACCAGCAGAUGAAGAGUCCCUUUGGGUCGUCCUUCAGAACCUUUGAUGCCACAGACUACAAGCCGAUCGCUACAGUGGAUGUGAAGAGGAACAUCUUUGAUCUGUGCACGGAUACCAAGGACUUCUACCUGGCUGUUAUAGAGAGCCAGGAUGCAGUGAGCUUGGACACAGUCUGCCGUCUUUAUGAAGUGGGCCGACAGAAGCUGGUCGAGGAAGGAGAUGAUGAUCAGGAUGAAGAAGAUCAGGAUGAUGAUGACCAUUCCUCAGACACGGACGAUGAUGAUGAUGAUGACGAUGAUGAUGUCAUCGAUAUAGACCCUCUCAUAGAGGAACUUGCAAAUAUUGAAGAGCGGGAACGGGAAAACGAAGAGCAGGAUCCUCGGGAGCGACCCACCUCACCUUCAGGCCAAGAGCUUUUGGGUCUUCUCGGAAGCAGCAGCAGCGAUGAUAACAGUAACAAUAAUGAUGAUGUUGAAUCUGAUGAUUCAGACCCAGAGAUAUCCGAUGCAAACCCAGAUUUUCUUGAAGUAUCUGAUGACGAUGAUGAAGACUCUGAGAUGUCUCAGUCCAUCCCUGACAGGUGGUUCUCAUGACGCAAGAGAAGAGCCCUCCUCCUGUUAAUGCAAGUCUUGUUUUAUUACAUCACAGAUUAAAUAAUCCCAAAAACCAAAGAUUUCUGAUUAAAGAUGACAAUAUAAGUCUCUUUCUGCUUCAGUUUUCUGUUAAUUAGAGUAAGUUCUGAAAAGUGUAUAUGUUUUGUUUUAUUUGUUUCAUUUGAACCUUUUAAAGUUGAGAUUUCUUCUCUGCUGCUGGAAAACUGGAUUUACAAUAAAUGACAUGAAGCAGUUUCUUAAGAAUAACAAUCAUUUUGAAACCUUUGCUGUAUUUUUGUUACUUAAAAUUUCAGUUUUGAUCAAAUUAGCUUCAGACAUUUCAACAUCUUUCCUCUAAUGUGUAAAAAGGUAGAAUGGAUUCCAGAUGAGCUGGAGGUGAUAUGACCCCCAAGUGAAGCUGUAACCUGUCCUGGAACACAAACCUUACCUGGAAGCAGCCAAAAGUCAGUAGACCUGAUUUGAGGUCAGAUUAUUUAAAAAAAAAAAAAACACACAUCAAACUAAACUUCAGUUGUUUCCAACACUUUGAAACGCCCUGUUGACCUUUUGCUUUGGUCAUAUUGCUAAUUUUUUUUACAGUUUCAUUUGUCAUGUAGUAAAAUCUUUUUAAAAUGUGUAGGUUGGGCUAACAUGCUAGCUUUAGCAUCCCAGCGUGAGACCUGGUUGGAAACCAGCAUUUAUACUUUUAUUUAUAUUACAGUUGAGGCUGCAGUUGAGUUUCAUGUUUAUAAUAAAAGUUUUCACCGUUAGGCUGUGUGUGUGUGUGUGUGUGUGUGUGUGUGUGCGUGUGUUUUCUGCACACCCAAACGUUAAACCAGCCACAUUUUCUACCUGCUAAAGUUGUUUAUAACAUUUAUUAAAGAAAACAAACUGGAGAUGCAACCAUUUCUUUUGUUUGUAUUUGAGUGUUUUAUUUUUUCUGUACAUGCUCUUAUUUAUUUGGUUGUGUUUAUGUUUGAAGCUGAUUUUCUUUAGUUUAAUUUUUUGUGCUCUUAGCCUGAAUUAAUCAGGUAACUGGAAGCUAAAAGCAAACUCUGUAAAAUCAGAGGCUGAGCUGUUUCAGUAACUUAAAAUAUCCUCCUAAAUUAUAAAAAUGUUUUUUAAACUAAAAGAAAUGUAGAAAAUUUAAUUUAGAAAAUUAAAAGAAUGUUUAUUCAUAAUUAAGAUGUUGUUGGGGACGCUGUGUGUGUGUGUGUGUGUUUAGACCAGUUCUAUGCACAAAGCCUGUUCAUGAGCCAUAUAGCAGUUUGAAACAGCUGGAUUUUGUCAAGUUGCAGAAGAAUAAAAUGAUUUUUAGUAAA